AUGCUGGUGGUGCUGCUAGGACUGCCACGUAACCUGAUCGUGCUGGAAGACGUCCGGCUAACGCGUAAUAACCUGUUGACGAGCUUAGCCAGCUUGGGCGGUGCUAACCCGCCGAUACCGGCGCCCCAAGCCUCACAACUGUUUCUCCAGCUGACAGUGGCUCCUACACUCCCGGAACCACCACCCACUACCGAGAAUAGUGCCUCAAACAAACGAUUUACUGGCACCGACCAAACUCCCACUGACGACGCUAAUGGCGGCGCUCGCGACCCGCUACGGGAAUUACCUGUCCAACUAUUCUUCUCUGACGAUGAUCUGGAGCUAGAGACGCCGCUGAGACUUAAGCGACCCGUGAUAACUCCCAAAUGGGGUAGUCUCGGUAACCCUUAUACCAGUUCCCCCGUAUUCAACGAUGUGGCCACCAAACCGACCCUGCUGGCUCUUUUCGAUACCACGGGCCCUCGCCGAGACCGGGUGACGCUGCCCAUUGCCCUUGCGACAGCUGAAACCCCGCUGAGGCGGCUGCUGUUUAGUGGGGCGGAUGACGCCAUGCUCCCCCCGUUAGCGGUGAAAAAGCGCACCAAGGCACAAACAAAACACACCAUCCAGCAGCUGUUGAUGAAACGCAAGCUCAUCCACUCCAAGGACCUCCAAGUAGAGCUUGGGGUGACGUCACCCAUCGAGACUAAGUUCAUCACUACCGCAGUGCUGGAUCUGGGCAAACGCACCUAUUUAAAACAGCCAGUGCUCCAACUGCUUACCCUGAAGAAUAAGUUGAUUCAGCAGCUUAACCAGCGGUGGAACCGUGCUGGCGACGAUGAUAAACAACGCAGACUAGACGACCCCGAAAGAGUACCGGCACGCUACCGCCGCAAGCGCCGGUGGCUGGACGACGAGCUGAGCUUGGCAAGCACCGACGGCGACGUCGACGACUUCCCCGCCUAUGAUGAUGUUAACGACUUUUUGUGA